AUGUCGGCCUGCUACCGUCCGCCAGGGAAUGAGACGCUGCUGAGCUGGAAGACCUCGCGGGCCACGGGGACGGCCUUCCUGCUGCUGGCGGCGCUGCUGGGGCUGCCGGGCAAUGGCUUCGUGGUGUGGAGCCUGGCCGGCUGGCGGUCCACCCGAGGGCGCCCCCUGGCGGCCACGCUCGUGCUGCAUCUGGCGCUGGCCGACGGCGCGGUGCUGCUGCUCACGCCGCUCUUCGUGGCCUUCCUGACCCGGCAGGCCUGGCCGCUGGGCCAGGCGGGCUGCAAGGUCGUGUACUACGUGUGCGCGCUCAGCAUGUAUGCCAGCGUGCUGCUCACCGGCCUGCUCAGCCUGCAGCGCUGCCUCGCCGUCACGCGCCCCUUCCUGGCGCCCCGGCUACGCAGCCCGGCCCUGGCCCGCCGCCUGCUCCUGGCCGUCUGGCUGGCCGCCCUGGUGCUCGCCACCCCGGCGGCCGUCUACCGUCACCUCGGGGCGGACCGUGUGUGCCAGCUGUGCCACCCAUCGGCCGCCCACGCCGCCGCCCACCUGAGCCUGGAGACUCUGACCGCCUUCGUGCUGCCCUUCGGGCUGGUGCUCGGUUGCUACGGCGUGACGCUGGCGCGGCUGCGGGGCGUCCGCUGGGGCUCCGGGCGGCGCGUGACGCGGGUGGGCCGGCUGGUGGGCGCCAUCGUGCUGGCCUUCGGCCUGCUCUGGGCCCCCUACCACGCCGUCAAUGUGCUGCAGGUGCUCGCUGCGCUGGCUCCACCCGAAGGGGCCUUCGCCAGGCUGGGCGGGGCGGGCCAGGCGGCGCGAGCCGGAACCACGGCUCUGGCCUUCUUCAGCUCCAGCAUCAACCCGGUGCUCUACCUCUUCACCGCCGGGGAUCUCCUGCCCCGGGCGGGUCCCCGCUUCCUCAUGCGGCUCUUUGAGGGCUCCGGAGAGGCCCGAGGGGGCGGCCGCUCUAGGGAGGGGACCUUGGAGCUCCGAGCUACCCCUCGGCUCAAAGUGGUGGGGCAGGGCGGUGGCAAUGGAGACCCUGGGGGCGGGGCGCAGAAGGAUAGUCAGGGUUGGGACCCUUGA